AUGCUCCACUCCAACAUCACGGACUCUUUGACGUUUGGAGUUCCCCUCUCGGUGAACUUCGUCAGUCCUGAGGAUUAUUUUAUCUUUAUAUUCCAGAUUUUAUUUGCUACAACUACUGUUCUCGUAGCAGGAACAGUAGUCAUAGGCAUCUUGGCCACCAGAGCGCUGCGCAUUCAAAAAAGGUUUAUUUUCAUGCUGAACACUAGUAUUUGUGAUAUGCUGGUUGGGUUUUCGGUAUAUUAUCUUGGUCUGUUUGAUGUUCAGGAGGGAUAUCCGUCUAGAAAUGGAACUUAUAAUGUUUUACCGUCACUUCUAGGGGUCAAUAUACUGACAUUUUUGUUUGCACAAUUUGACCGGUAUUUUGCUGUGUGUUAUCCAUUCACCUACAGCCGCUUCAUAACAAGAAAUUUUGUGAUAGGCAUUAACAUCUACUGCUGGGUUUACAAUUUUGCCCACUUGCUCGCUAGGAAUUUGUUGCCACUUUCCAAAGCGAUACAACUGUAUGUGUUCAGCAUCGUCUUCAUUCAAAUAGUUAUACUCACCAAAGUGGUAAUGACUAUCAAACUGUAUGUUAUUGCCAGAUUCCAGGUUGAUAGAGACCCUCCAAGUCCCGAGAAAGAAAGUAAGAAGGAGUCUUUGAGAAUUAUAAUAUUGGUUGUUAUAAGCUUCUUGGUGUUGUGGUACCCCUCUUUUGUCAAUAUUAUCGUCAGAUUUAUGGUAGGAGGAGGUCUGACAUUUAGGAACGAAGCCACCAAUCUGUUCGCCAUCAUGGCUCGUUUCAACGCUGUGUGCACACCGUCCAUGUAUAUCUGGGGGAGUCCGGCUCUGAGGGAAGCCGCGAUGAGGACAGUGUGGGGUAGAGUGUGCCCAAGAUGCAAGAGGAGGUAG